AUGGAAGACAGGAUGGACAUGGACAGGAGCCCUCUCAGGCCGCAGAACUACCUUUUUGGUUGUGAACUAAACGCUGACAAGGAUUAUCACUCUAAGGUGGAUAAUGAUAAGAAUGAGCACCAGGUAUCACUAAGAACGGUUAGUUUAGGGGCAGGGGCAAAAGACGAGUUACACAUCGUAAAGGCAGAAGCAAUGAACUAUGAAGGCUGUCCAAUUAAAGUAACACUGGCAACUUUGAAAAUGUCUGUACAACCAACAGUUUCUCUUGGGGGCUUUGAAAUUACAUCACCUGUAGUCUUAAGGUUGAAGUGUGGUUCGGGGCCUGUGCAUAUUAGUGGACAGCACCUAGUAGCUGUAGAGGAAGAUGCAGAGUCAGAAGAUGAAGAUGAGGAGGAUGUGAAACUCUUAAGUAUGUCUGGAAAACAAUCUGCUCCUGGAGGUGGUAACAAGGUUUCCCAGAAAAAAGUAAAACUUGACGAGGAUGAUGAGGAUGACAACGAAGAUGAUGAUGAUGAAGAUGACGAUGAUGAUGAUGAUUUUGAUGAUGAGGAAGCUGGAGAAAAAGUUCCAGUGAAUAAAUCUGUACGAGAUACCCCAGCCAAAAAUGCACAAAAAUCAAACCAAAAUGGAAAAGACUUAAAACCAUCAACACCAAGAUCAAAGGGUCAAGAGUCUUUCAAAAAACAGGAAAAAACUCCUAAAAUACCAAAAGGACCUAGUUCUGUAGAAGACAUUAAGGCAAAAAUGCAAGCAAGUAUAAAAAAAGGUGGUUCUCUUCCCAAAGUGGAAGCCACGUUCAUUAAUUAUGUGAAGAAUUGCUUCCAGAUGACUGACCAGGAGGCUAUUCAAGAUCUCUGGCAGUGGAGGAAGUCUCUUUAAGAAAAUGGUUUAAACAGUUUGAAAUAAUUCCGUCUUACUUAAUUUCUGUAACAGUUGAUAUAUCUGGCUGUCC